AUGUAUCAACGCGCUCUUCUCUUCUCUGCUCUUUUAUCCGUGUCGCGGGCCCAGCAGGCAGGCACCGCACAGGAGGAAGUGCAUCCCUCUUUGACAUGGCAGAGGUGCGAGGCCAGUGGAUCGUGCACCGAAGUUGCGGGUUCCGUCGUGCUGGAUUCCAACUGGCGCUGGACACACUCGGUUGAUGGGUACACCAACUGCUACACUGGCAACGAGUGGGAUGCAACCUUGUGCCCCGACAACGAGUCAUGCGCUCAGAACUGCGCUGUUGACGGCGCCGACUACGAGGCUACCUACGGUAUCACGUCAAAUGGCGACUCGUUGACUCUUAAGUUCGUCACUGGUUCCAACGUCGGCUCUCGUGUCUACCUGAUGGAGGACGACGAGACCUACCAGAUGUUCGACCUGCUCAACAACGAGUUCACCUUUGACGUUGACGUCUCCAACCUCCCUUGCGGUCUGAACGGCGCUCUCUACUUCACCUCGAUGGACGCAGAUGGCGGCUUGAGCAAGUACGAAGGCAACACCGCCGGCGCCAAGUAUGGAACUGGCUACUGCGACUCUCAAUGCCCUCGUGAUAUCAAGUUCAUCAACGGAUUGGGCAACGUUGAGGGAUGGGAACCCUCCGACAGCGACGCCAACGCGGGCGUUGGUGGAAUGGGUACUUGCUGCCCUGAGAUGGAUAUCUGGGAAGCCAACAGCAUCUCCACCGCCUACACCCCCCACCCUUGCGACAGUGUCGAGCAGACCAUGUGCGAGGGCGAUUCUUGUGGCGGUACAUACUCCGACGACCGCUACGGCGGUACCUGCGACCCUGACGGUUGCGACUUCAACUCCUACCGUAUGGGCAACACCAGCUUCUACGGCCCCGGCGCCAUUAUCGACACCUCCUCGAAAUUCACUGUCGUGACCCAGUUCAUCGCCGACGGCGGUUCCCUUUCCGAGAUCAAGCGCUUCUAUGUCCAGAACGGCGAGGUGAUCCCCAACUCUGAGUCCAACAUCUCCGGCGUCGAAGGCAACUCCAUCACCUCGGAAUUCUGCACUGCCCAGAAAACAGCGUUCGGCGACGAGGACAUCUUUGCUCAGCACGGCGGCCUCAGCGCCAUGGGCGAUGCCGCAUCCGCCAUGGUUCUCAUCCUCAGUAUCUGGGAUGACCACCACUCCAGCAUGAUGUGGCUUGACAGCUCUUACCCCACCGAUGCUGACCCAAGCCAGCCUGGUGUUGCCCGUGGCACUUGCGAGCAGGGUGCUGGUGACCCUGAUGUUGUUGAGUCUGAGCACGCCGAUGCCUCUGUGACCUUCUCCAACAUCAAGUUCGGUCCGAUCGGCUCCACCUUUUAAGCGUGACGCUUAGUGCCAUUGUACUUUGAGUAUAUGGUAUCACCGGAAAGACAUUUGAGAACGUUCUUGUACAUAGUGGCUCUAGAUUCUGCCGGGUUAUCAGGUUGUUCUCCUUUUGUCUCAGUAUAUGGUUAAACAACUGGACCACUUUUUUGAGCAGCGCCAGCACUUGAUUUUGCUUUGUACUUUCGGUUCUCCUGUUACUUCUUCAAAAUUUCGAAUGGAAUAUCUUGACAUAC